CUCGUGCCCUGCGUGAGGGAGGGCUGGCUGGGUCAGAGUCCGUCCUCUGCGGGAGCUCCGGUAGAGGCUGGUGUGCCUGCGGACAACUCGCCUCCGGUUUUCCCUGGAAGUUGCCAUCUCCGGUGGAGCUGUUGCUUCCAAGUGAGGCGGCAGCCGCUGAGCGCCCAGCCGCGUUGGAUACCCUGAGUCAGGGGCCAUUUGAAAAUCACGUGCCCGAGUGGCCGUCCCCUGUUGUCACCUUGGCGUUCAUUGUGCAGCGUACCUGCGAUGCUUUGGGGGUUGGGCUUCAACAUUGUUGGAGGGACAGAUCAGCAAUACAUUGCCAAUGACAACAGCAUCUAUGUCAGCUGGAUCAAAAAGGAUGGGGCAGCUUACCUUGAUGGCCGAUUACAAGAAGGAGAUAAAAUUUUAGCGAUCAAUGGCAAAGACUUGAAGGAUUUGCGGCACAAGGAUGCUGUGGAGCUGUUCAGGAAUGCAGGCUAUUACGUGUCUCUGAAAAUUCAGCGCAGGUUGCAGCCACAGAAUGGCCCUGUGGGUCAUGGAGGAGAUGGAGAAUCAGGUGGGCUUCCUCUGGCAGCCAUUCUUGUGCCAGGCCUGGCGCUUGCUGCCACAGCAGUCUGGAUCUUGCUGAGGUAUCGACAGCGGAUGUGAAGAGUUCACGGCUGGGAUAUCACUGCGUAUUUCACACAGCUAUGAUGCAAUUUAAAGAUAGAGAAUCAACAAUCUUGUCACAGACUGAUGCCAAAAAGGAUCAUUGCCUAUCAUCAAAGUUGCUGCUGAUGUUCGUAUAUAUUGAUUUUGUUGCAGGGUGGAUAGAAACAGAGAGAAAAAAGGGAAGGGAGAGGACUGUGUUUAUGUAACGAGUGGGAUAGCUGUAUUUUUUGACAAAUCUGAGGAGGUUUUGCCAUCCUCCUCUAUUUUGCACCGUGAACUUUCAAGCACACUCAUCUAUUCCACAUUUUAAGGUUUAACUUUUGGUUAAAGGGAGUGGGAGUUGGGGUGGUUUUAAAUCAAAAACAUUUUCUAGAUGCUUUGCCUUGUUUCCACAGAAUUUUUUCUUGAAUCUAAUGAAUUCUGUCCAAACCAUGAAUAAAGAGAAGCAACGCAAAGGGUAUAUUAUUUUUCCCAUUGAAGUUUUGUUGGUUGUUGCUAAAUAAAUGCCUUAAAUGUG